UCGGUCCGUGGCUUCAUUUUCUCUCGUUCCGACACCCAGCUCUCUCCUCCACAUCCACUCGUCCCGUCUCCCUCUCUCUUUCUCUCUCUCUCCUCCCCUUCCAUCGAUCUCGUUUUUCUUUUCAUGGGCGAGGGCUAGGGCUAGGGCUAGGGUUUCCGUCCAUGGAGUGGGACAGCGAUCUCGAGGACUCCAGCGAGGGAUUCUCGACCGGCGCCGGCGACUGCGGGGAGUUCUCGAUCGACGAGGGUUUCUUCCCCGGGAUUCCGGUGCCGGUGUCGUACGGACUUGUUGUUACCGAUGCGAUCGAGCCUGACCGGCCGAUUAUAUACGUGAACGAAGGGUUUGAGAAGGGGACGGGGUAUCGAGCUGAGGAGGUCCUCGGAAGGAACUGUCGAUUCUUGCAAUGUAGAGGUCCAUUUGCUCAGAGGCGGCAUCCAUUGGUGGACUCAACAAAAGUUUCUGAAAUAAGAAAGUGCCUUGAGAAUGGCAUACCAUUUCAGGGUGAUCUGUUGAAUUUUAGAAAGGAUGGCUCUCCAUUAAUGAACAGACUGCAGCUGACCCCUAUAUACGGGGAUGGUGAAAUAACCCAUUUUCUUGGUAUUCAAUUCUUCACUGAAGCAAAUGUUGAUUUGGGUCCACCUCCCGGUUCUUUCACAAAGGAUCAGACAAAACUUCCGACUCGGUUCACUUCUGAUGCAUUUCACAGGCCAGUCAUGGUAGCGCAUGCUGAAAAUAUUUGCCGUGAAAUUUGUAGCAUGUUUCAACUGAGCGAUGAGGUAUUGUCUCAUAAAAUUCUUUCGAGGUUGGCCCCAAGAGAUAUAGCAUCAGUGGGUUCAGUGUGCAAGCGUCUUCACCAGCUAUCAAAGAAUGAGGACCUCUGGAAAAUGGUUUGCCAGAAUGCAUGGGCUAGUGAGACAACUCGUGCCUUAGAAGCUGUGCCGGCAGCAAAAAGGCUAGGCUGGAGAAGGCUAGCUAGAGAGCUGACCACCCUUGAAGCUGUAGCAUGGAGAAAAGUAACAGUCCGGGGUGCUGUGGAGCCAUCUCGCUGCAAUUUUAGUGCCUGUGCUGUUGGAAAUCGUGUUGUUCUUUUCGGUGGUGAAGGCGUCAACAUGCAACCGAUGAACGACACCUUUGUUCUUGAUUUGAAUUCUAGCACUCCAGAGUGGAGACAUGUCAAGGUGAGUUCUCCACCUCCAGGCCGGUGGGGCCAUACCUUAUCUUGCCUGAAUGGAUCAUGGUUAGUGGUAUUUGGUGGGUGUGGAAGACAAGGUUUACUAAAUGAUGUCUUCAUCUUGGAUCUUGAUGCAAAACACCCAGCCUGGCGUGAGAUAUCCGGAGUAGCACCUCCUCUCCCUAGAUCUUGGCAUAGUUCUUGCACCCUCGACGGUACCAAGCUUGUGGUAUCGGGUGGGUGUGCAGAUUCGGGUGUGCUUCUAAGUGACACAUUCUUAUUGGAUCUGACAAUGGAGAGACCCAUUUGGAGGGAGGUACCUGUUUCAUGGACUCCUCCUUCAAGAUUAGGCCACUCCUUAUCUGUCUAUGGCACUCGGAAAAUACUGAUGUUUGGCGGUCUUGCCAAGAGCGGACCCCUCCGUCUUCGAUCAAGUGAUGUGUUCACAUUGGACUUAAGUGAGGAGGAGCCAUGUUGGAGAUAUGUUACUGGGAGUGGGAUGCCUGGUGCUGGGAACCCUGCUGGUAUCUGCCCACCACCAAGACUUGACCAUGUUGCUGUGAGCUUGCCGGGUGGUAGGAUCUUGAUCUUUGGUGGGUCAGUGGCUGGACUUCACUCUGCAUCUCAGCUUUAUUUAUUGGACCCAACAGAGGAGAAGCCGACAUGGAGAAUACUGAAAGUGCCUGGCCGACCUCCAAGGUUUGCGUGGGGACAUAGUACUUGUGUGGUUGGAGGUACGAGAGCCAUUGUGCUCGGAGGUCAGACCGGAGAGGAAUGGAUGCUUAGUGAGCUGUACGAGCUUUCAUUGGCUAAUUCUGCAUAUGAGAGGACUGGACUGUAAUCAUCUUUAUGAUGCAGGGGUUCCAUAGGAGGAAAAAAAGCCAUUGUUCCCUUGAUUACAAAUAAGGUGGUAGCUGAUAGUUGAACAUGAUCAUCAGCAUAAAAAGGAGGGGUAAAAAAAGGAGGGAAAACAAAAAGGAAAAAAAAAGAAAAGGAAAAAAAAAAGAGGGGGAGAGAAUGGUCAGAUAGUUGCCGUAGUUGUUAUAUUUAUCCGUCCAAAAUCUGAGGUAGGGGAGUCUAUACAUUUUGUCAUGUAGCAGAUGAUGGUCACAUGUUUAGUAGAGUCUGGGUUUGUUUGAAGUCUUUAGUUGCUUGUUGCACUUAUCAGUGUGUGCAUGGGAUUGUGCAUAUCUGUGAGGUAAGUGGAAUGUUUACUAGGCACUGCUGUAUAAUUUUGUUACCAGUCCUGCUGCUGUUGUUUUUGUAGGAGAAUCAGAGAGAGAGAGUGCUGUAUAUAAUGUGUACUUACCCCCCCUGUUCCUCUGCUUUUCAAUCUCUUAUUGGUUGCUGAUAUUCAUUAUUUUCA